GAAUUCUGCUCCUCUUGGCUUUCGGAGGGGCCAUUCUCCUUCUGGCGUCCUAUGCAGCGGCAACAGUCGUCUCAGCGAUGCAGGCCUCCAGUUUGCCAGCUUUAAUAGCAAGCAAGGUCUUCCAGGCUGGAACAAACCACAGUAACGCCAGCACGGGCCAGCUGUCCUCUCUGUCUGUGCUUCUGUCCUGGGCCGGCUCUCUGGGAUUCAUCUUUGUGUCUCUACAGGAGACAGGAAACUGGUUAGCCACGGUGUCCCACACUCUGUCAGCCUGCCUCAGCUGCGUCCUCCUGGCUCAGGUCCUCUGCCCUGAUGCCACCAAAAAGAAGAGCGAGUAGAGGUGGAGGACAGUGAUGAACCAACACUCACAUCAUAUGCAAAUCCUUCCUGUCCUAGGAGGAAAUGCUUUGGGAUUCUGCGCCUGAUGUUGGAAUAAGAAUGGCUACAAAUACAGCACCGAUGUAGCAGGAAAUGUUUACAGUACAGAACACUUUUUGUACAUAUAUAUAUAUGGCUGUAUGCUACAUUUAGAUAUUUCAUAUUGAGGAUAUAUUAUGCUAACUUCCAGGUGCAUAUUUGUAUUUCUUGCCUCUACAUGUCUCCAUGCUUUAAGGUUCAAAAGGUUCUUUAUUUUUCUCAUACUGCCUGUGCUGCAGCACCUCUUUUCACCCUCUGUCUGAAACCAGAGCCCAGUCUGCUCUGAUUGGUUAGCUGGCCAGCUCUGUUGUGAUUGGUCAACUGCUGAGAGAAGUCCCGCUCCAUCACGUACAAUGUGUUGGACUUCCUGCUUAGUGUCUGGAUCGUUUAUGUCCCAUUCCACAUAUCUCCAUCAUGUAUUAUGAUUGUAUUUGAAACUGUUUGUGAAUAAAAUACAUUGAAUGUAACGUCAUAAAAGUAUGUUUAGUUUAGUAUGUCAGAAACUAAUUAUGGUAUAUUAUGUCAAAAAAGUAUAGUAUUUCCUCCUAAGCAACCGUUUUUAAUUUUGUAUGCAAGAAGCUUUCCAUUAACAGGUUUAUAUGCUUCAGGUAACGCCCGCCCUCAAAUGAUCACUGUUGCUCGGUAACACUGGAUGUUUGCAGGAGCUCAGCCAAGACACACUGAGGUAACCGUGUUGACCUGGUUUGUGUUUUCCAUCCAACAGCUCACACGAUGAGAUAUCACCAGAUAAUAAACCAUUUCUUUAUUUAAUGAUGCUGUUUAUAUUUGUCUCUGUAAUAAAAUGUAAGAUUUAAAAGAG